AUGGUUUCGUAUCCGGCUACAACAGAGACGCUUACCCUGGCUCAAGAAGCCAACAGCAGGGAGGCUAUUUCGAUACUGUACCAGGUCAUAGAAGACCCUUCUUCAUCUCCAGAGGCUGUGCGUGUCAAGGAGCAAGCCAUCACUAACCUCUGUGACCGUCUCACCGAAGAGAAGAGAGGCGAGGAUCUCCGUAAACUGUUAACCAAACUGAGACCUUUCUUCUCACUGAUCCCCAAGGCCAAAACCGCCAAAAUCGUCAGAGGAAUCAUCGACGCCGUGGCAAAGAUCCCCGGAACAACCGAUCUCCAGAUCACUCUCUGCAAAGAAAUGGUCGAGUGGACCCGUGCUGAGAAGCGUACUUUCCUCAGGCAGCGAGUGGAGGCUAGGUUAGCUGCUCUUUUGAUGGAGAACAAGGAGUAUGUUGAAGCCUUGGCGCUGUUGAGUACUUUGGUGAAAGAGGUUAGGAGAUUGGAUGAUAAGCUCCUUCUCGUCGACAUUGACUUGCUAGAGAGCAAACUUCACUUCUCGUUGAGAAACUUACCAAAGGCAAAAGCUGCACUCACCGCAGCUAGAACAGCUGCGAACGCUAUCUACGUCCCACCGGCGCAACAAGGCACCAUCGAUCUCCAGAGCGGGAUUCUUCACGCUGAAGAGAAGGACUACAAAACCGGAUACAGCUACUUCUUCGAAGCGUUUGAGUCUUUCAACGCUCUCGGAGAUCCAAGAGCGGUUUUCAGUUUGAAAUACAUGCUGCUGUGCAAGAUCAUGGUUAGCCAAGCUGAUGACGUUGCGGGGAUCAUCUCCUCCAAGGCUGGACUACAGUACGUUGGGCCGGAUCUUGAUGCCAUGAAAGCAGUCGCUGAUGCUCACUCGAAGAGGUCGUUGAAACUGUUUGAGAACGCUCUCCGUGACUACAAGGCGCAGCUAGAGGAUGACCCGAUCGUCCACAGGCAUCUCUCUUCUCUCUACGACACGCUUCUUGAGCAGAACCUGUGCCGUUUGAUCGAGCCUUUCUCGAGAGUUGAGAUUGCUCACAUUGCUGAGCUGAUUGGAUUGCCUCUGGACCAUGUGGAGAAGAAGCUCUCUCAGAUGAUACUUGACAAGAAAUUUGCAGGUACGUUGGAUCAAGGAGCUGGAUGCUUGAUCAUAUUUGAAGAUCCAAAGGCUGAUGCUAUCUACUCUGCUACUCUUGACACCAUUGCUAACAUGGGGAAAGUCGUCGACAGCCUUUAUGUCCGGUCUGCCAAAAUCAUGUCCUGA